CUCAUUUUAAUACUCACAUUACAUCAUGUCUGAAUAUCAGUCAAAUCCUACCAACACUCAGGAAUCACCUGCUCAACAAGUCAAGGACACCUAUAACCAAUCUCAUUCAGGAGGACUUGAUCAAGGAAACCAUGGAAGCCUAACUGGUGGCCAACAGACCCAAGGUCUGAAUCAACACCCCCUAUCUGAUACUGUUCAGGACAAUGGUCGGGCAUUGUCAGGACAAGGAAACCAAGAAAAUCUAACUGGUGGCCAACAGACCCAAGGCAUGAACCAAAACAUUCCAUCUGGCACUGUUCAGGACAAUGGUCGGGCAUUGUCAGGACAAGAAAACCAAGAAAACCUAACUGGUGGCCAACAGACCCAAGACGUGUAUCAAACCCCCCAGUCUGGAAGUGUGCAAGACAAUGGACAGGCAAUGUCAGAACGCCCAGGUUCCAACCAACAGCAACCUUCUGUAACCAUCCAGGAAAAUGAAAAGCCUCAAAAGAGUGCUGGAAACGAGAAGCAAGAAGGUGGAGAAAAGCAUGCUCAGCCCAAGAACACUGGAGGAACCAGAGACCAUAUUAAGGAACAGCCCGAUACCGGUGAGCUGGGAGGUAUCACCGGCCAACAGCCAGUAGGCAAGAUUGAUCUCCACCAUUUGUAAAUAAUAGAAAUCAAAUUUAAAUAAGAAACGAAACAAGUGUAAAAAAUGCAAAUAAAAAGCAGCAGCAGCCAUUACUGCUUAUUGGCCCUCAUAUCCUA